AUGUUCGGCAGGAGAGUAACGUCGGCAGAGUGUUGGGGCCUCGCGGGCCUGGCGCUGGCGGUGGCGGUGUGGGCGCGCGGCGCGGCCGGCGGCUGCGGCGUGGCGGAGUUCGCGUGCCGCGGCGGCGCGUGCGUGCGCCUGGACGCGUACUGCGACGGCGAAGCGCAGUGCCCCGACGGCAGCGACGAGCCCCCGAACUGCUCGGUCUGCAAUCGCACGUACUACGGGCGCAUCGGCGUCGCAUACGGGCUUGCACUGCGGGGAGCGCCGCGUGCGCCCUUCCUCUGCCACCUCACGUUCACGGCCGGAGGCAGCUCUCAUGGAGAUUUAGUCCAGCUCGCCUUCGAUGAGUUUCGUGUGGGUCGCUACGAGGCCGGCGCCCUGGACGGCUGCCCCGACGGCUACAUGCAGCUGUCCGAGCUGGGUCGCCCGUUCACUGGUGGCUCGUGGUGCGGUUCUGCCGAAGGUGUAGCUUUAUAUUACAGUGAAACGGCCACUGUCACUGUUUCUGUUAAAUUGUUUCGUGCACGUCUCGGUGAACCUUUUGGGUUUCGAUUACGGUACAAGUUCCUUGCUCAACGCGAUGCUAUUGUCAGAUUUGGCGCUCUGGAAGCGCCGCUGGAGCGUGGCGCGGUGUCGCCUGGCACGUACUGCACUCGCACUUAUGAAGAGUGUCAUCGUAAAUCUUGUCGCUUACAAAGUCCCAAUUAUCCCGGCAUGUACCCAAGAAAUGUGACAUGUUACUGGAGUUUACGUCAAAAAGACAUUCCUACCUGUAAACAUGCAAUGAUUUCUGUACGUCAAGAAUAUUCACAUAAAAUGCAAAUAAAACGUUCGAUUUCAAUGGCCAGCUUAAACAAGACAGGUCGCGCUGUGCGGGCGUGGCGCGAGUGCACGGGCGAGCGCGACCGCCUCAUCUUCUACGACGGCGCGUCCACCGACGACCCCGUGUUGGUGGAGUACUGCGGCGGCGACUGGCUGCCGCCCGUGACGUCGCGCGGGCCCGAGAUGCUGGUCGCCUUCCACUCCUCGCCCUUCAGCGCGCCGCCCCGCGCCGCCACCCCGCACGCGCCCCUUCGCGGCUUCGAACUGGACGUCGAUGUUAUAUUUGCUGACUCGGACUCACUCGACUAUGCAAGGGAAGCCCGUCGCUGUGAGUUUCAUGUAAAAGCUUCAUCUUCAGAAGAAGAGUUAAAUUCAACCGCUUUAAAUGUCAGAGGUCGCCGAGGACGUCUACACGCACCGACUCACACGUUGCCUCCGAAUACGACGUGUACCUGGACUUUUCACGGUCGCCCCGGUGAUUUAGUGUGGAUUUAUUUCUCGAGCUUUACGCAGUACUCGUUAGUGGAUGGGCGGCGCUCCGAGAGUAGCGAGCGCGAGGAGGAAGUCGCUAUCACUGCACCGCCGCGGCAGGGCCCGGACCGGGCGCGGGUGGCCGGGGCCAGUGGGGCCAGUGGGGCUUGUGCAGUGGAGCUGCGCAUAUGGGACGGAGGUGGUGCGGAUGAAGCUGCUGCUCUUUUAGGGCGCUACUGUGAUUCCGCACCUUCUCUAUGUGCAAGGGCCGCGCUUGCUAACGCAACACGAUCUCCUCGUCCUUGUGCUCCGCCAGACGGCUAUGUCUCAGCGGCGCCUUUACUGUCUCUUGCCGCCACUACCCUACCUGGUACUGCGACUCAUCCGCUUGCAUUUGCCAUGCACUACGAAUUUAUAGACGCACGUCUCGAAGGCGCCUUACUACCGAUAUCGGAAACGCGAGUCCGAGUGGAACCAGCAGAGUGCGCUAGAAGAUUAACAGCACCGGGGGCGUUUUCUUCCCCUCGUAAUGCUUUAUGGUUUGGCCGUGGUGGGGCAAGAAGGAUUCGUUGUGUGUAUCGGUUACAAGUGGAAAGUGCACGUAUCGAGCUACGCCUCUUAGCAGCUGCGUUCGGACGAGAACCGCGCUGUGCUACGCGUCUGGAUCCUCUCACCGGGCGAACAGCAUGUAUACCCGAUCCAAUUGAUCCGCUCGAUAUGCACCCUAGCGAUGCACCACUUGAUUUUGAUGACGAUGAGACUCCUUUACGAGUACCACAUUUACGAAUUUAUGAAUCGCCUUGGCCAGGUUAUAGGGUACCCGUAGGGUGCAUUUGUGACAACACAAGUGCUCCGCUGGCAGUAGUCUCAGGUGGGCCCGCUUUGGAACUUGAAUUAGUAGCGGUAGCACUUGCUCCUGGCGAGGACCAUCGUCACAUUCACUUUCAAGGUGAAUGGGCUCGCGCUCACUCUGCUCCUAAUUGUGCUGGCCGUCGUCGCCUUCCUCCUCCCGGACACCGGAUUCAUCUUGUGUAUCCGUACAGUGGCAAUAAAAUGUCAGAGUGCGGAGAAACGCCUUUCUUGCUAGCAGCUCGAGGCAAUCGCUCAGUAUUUUUACGAAUAUGGGGUGAGGAGCUACCGGCUUCGGCUCCGACUUCUGAUGCUCCGUUGUGUCACACGGUCAACCGGAUUCUCGUUUAUGACGCUUACUCGUCUAGACUAGUAAAAGCGGUAUGCCCGGGCGGGGAGGAGUCCCGCGCGGUGCAAGUGUUCACGGAGGAGUGGUGGGCGCGCGGCGCGGGGCGCGGCGCGGCGCUGCUGGUGGUGUGGGCGGCGCGCGAGGCGGGCGCGGCGCGCUUCGCGUGGAUGGAGGUGUGGCGCGCGGCGGCCGGCAACGCGUCCUGCGCGCACGCCUGCGCCGCGCUCGGCGCCUGCAUGGCGGGCGCGCUGUGGUGCGACGGCGGCGAGGACUGCCCCGGCGGUGGCGACGAGGCGGGCGCGUGCGGGGCCGGCGCGCGCCUGCUGGCGGCGCUUGGCGCGCCGGCCGCCGCCGGGGCCGCGGGCGCCGCGGGCGCGGCCGCGGCGCUGGUGCUGCUGGCCGUACUGGCGCUGCGCCGGCGCCGCUCGCGCCGCGACAAGCGCCUGCUGAGCGCGCUGGCGGCCGGCCGCCGCCUCACCGAGGAGCUGCUGUACGACGCCUCGCGCGCCUCCUCCGCGGCCUCCUCC